CUCCAAAUAGAAUAGACUUAUAUAACUAUCAUCUUAACUCAGAUUGGAAUAUGGAUGAUGAAUUAUAUUGGGGUUGUGAUGUAGAAAAAUGUGAAUACUGGGAUCUUGAUGUUGAAUUUGCCGCUAGUACUACAGUAGCAGAAAGGAUAGAUAGUGUAGCAUUAAAAACAAUAAAUAAUUCAAUAGAUCCAAUUUCUGAUCUUUUGAAAGAAAUAGAAUUAAAUAUUCAAGUAGUUGAUGAUCCACAUUUUAUUAAAUGUUUAGGUAUUACUCAGGAUUCUAAAACACAUAAUUAUAUGAUAGUAAUGGAAUAUGCAACAUCAGGUAGUCUUCGUGCAUAUAUGAAUGCCAAUAAUAUGGAACCAUAUGAAAAAGGUCGGAUAUUAUGGGCAAUUAGUAAAGGACUUUAUCAUUUACAUGAGAAAAAUUUAAUUCAUCAAGAUUUUCAUCCAGGAAACCUUUUGCUUAUGAAAGGAUUUUUAAGUAUUUCAGAUUUUGGUUUAUGCAAACAAGAAAAUCAAAAUUCAAAAUCAAAAAUUGAAAAAAUUUUUGGAGUUUUACCUUAUGUUGCGCCAGAAGUUUUAUGUGGAGAAGAAUAUACUAUGGCAUCAGAUAUAUACUCUUUUGGUAUUGUAGCAUGGGAAUUAAUAACUGGUUAUCCACCAUAUUAUAAUAUUCCACAUGAUAAUGGUCUUAUAUUAAAAAUUUGUCAUGGUUUACGUCCAGAAAUUCCAUCAGAUGUGCCAAAAAUAAUGGCUAGAUUAAUUAAGGAAUGUUGGGAUGCUGAUCCCAAAAAAAGACCAACAUCUAAACAAUUAUUUACUAUUAUCAAUAAAUGGUCAAUGAGUGGAGGUUUUGAUAAAUUUAUUUUACCGACAUCAACAUUACCGUCUUACAAAUUACAUUCUGAAGCAAUUUAUACAA